UCCCAUUCCAAAACCCCUCAGUUUGCUACGCCAAUAACAUGUUUCCGCUUACAUUUCUCUGUACUCCUCCACGUUCCUCCGCCCCAUUACCGCCGACGACAUCCACCGUCAGCCGCCGCAUGAUCAGCAGCACCACCAUCCACAUAAUGGCACUAGACGGGAUAGUUAACGUCAACUCACUCUUCACCUUCGCUUUAUUCCUUGGCCUUGCAUGGUACCCCACCCCCACCCUCAUAGACCCCAGCUCCCCUGCCUGUGCCGCUGACUCCAACGUCGCCGAGAACCUCAUUGCAUGCCACGUGUACUCAUUCAGCUCCUUCCUCUUCUCUAGCCUCAUUGCAUCAGCCAUCAAACAAGCCAUAAAAAUAAGCAAAGAUAGCAAAGACGUAACAGGGCAUGGAGUUGGCGCCAGUCUUGUGGAUGUGAACUUGGUGGCUUUGAGGGUUGGGAUGUUGGCUUCGGGUUUUGGUUCGGUUUUUGGAUGUGGGUUUCUGAUGAUGGCUCUGGUGGCUAUGGUUCAGAUUAAGUUGGGGACUCUGAGUUGUGGGAGUCUUUACACUUUCGCUGCUAUUGGUCCUUUGGUAGUUUUGGUCCCUUUGGCUCUGCUUAUCUACAUUUCUCUUGUUAUUUAUGCCUUUACUCGCUAAAAAUGGAUAUAUCUAUAAAGAUUACGGAAUUCUUUGUUCUCCAUAUUUUGUUUUCAUAAUUUGGAUGAUUACAUGAUUUUUCUUGUCUUGGAUUCACUGCCACCAGAGAUGAAUUUUUGCUACUAAUCAAACAUUUCUGCUACAGAACUUUGUACUUUAACAUGGAGAUUCUACUACUU